CGCACUGCAACACAUUUUUAUUUUAGAUUUUCAAUUUACAUGUGAUAAACGAUGGCUGUCCAUGUUGCCGCAAUAGACUUUGGGACGACGUAUUCAGGAUAUGCAUUUUCAGUUAGCGCACCAGAAACAGAGCUUAAGGAUGUAGAAAUUUUAUCUAAUCAGAUAUGGAAUUCUGGGACGGCGGAAAUUGCAUCACUAAAGACACCCACGUGUCUGCUGCUCUCUAAAGAUAGAAAAGUAACAGUGUUUGGGUAUGAGGCAGAGGAACAGUAUGCAGACAUUGUAUUGGAUGGAAAUGUCGAUGACUACUACUUCUUUCAUAGAUUUAAGAUGAAUCUUCACAAUAACAAGAAUAUAUCUAUGACUAUGGUUCUUGAAGAUGUCAGAGGACAACCUCUACCUGCUAUAGACGUAUUUUCGUUGUCAAUCAAAGCCUUAAAAGACCACCUUAACAAUACUGUUGAAAUAAAGAAUAUAGUACUAGACGAUAGGAAAACAAAAUGGGUACUUACAGUACCUGCCAUUUGGACGGACACAGCCAAACAGUUUAUGAGAAAAAGUGCUGAAAAGGCUGGAAUAUCGCGUGAUAUGCUAACAAUUGCACUUGAACCAGAAGCAGCAUCGAUAUAUUGUCAAACGUUCCCGUCUGCUGGUUGCAGAGAAAUCACAGAAAUAGGAUCAAGAUAUAUGGUCGCAGAUCUUGGCGGUGGUACAAUAGAUGUAACGGUUCAUGAAAAAAUUCCGAACGGUACACUUAAAGAAAUGACAAAGGCCUCCGGAAAUAGCUGUGGUGGGACCUCUGUUGAUGAUGCAUUUAUCCAGCUGUUUGUUCGCAUAUUUGGUGGACCACUUCUAAACAGUAUGAAAUCAGACAGUCCAGAUUCUUACUUAUAUCUGCUGAGAAGUAUAGAACAAGUUAAAAGAACAUUUCAACCCACCCAAACUAGAAAAGUGAAUUUAACCAUUCCAUAUGCAACUCUCGACGAUCUCUGCAAGUCAAAUUUUGGGGAAAAUAUUAAAAAUGUCGUCCGUUCAUCCUCCCUGGCAUGUAACAUUGAAAUAUGUAAAGACAAAAUUCGAAUUGAACCAUUAUUCGCUAAAUCGCUUUUCAAGACAACAUGUGAUAAUAUCAUAUCUUUAAUACAGUCUGUUAUACAACAGGGGACAGCAACCAAAGUUUCAAGCAUUCUGCUUGUUGGUGGUUUCGCAGAAUGUAAGAUGGUACAAAAUUCCCUGAAAACUGCUUUUCCAAGCAUUAAAAUUAUUUUGCAAGAGGAUUCAGGUGUUAUCGUUCUAAAAGGUGCAGUUUUAUUUGGUUAUAAAUCCAACAUCAUAUCAUCGCGAAUAGCACGAUAUACUUAUGGCGUCAGUUGUUAUGUGCCUUUUAAUGAACGUUUGCACGAUCAGAAAAGAAAAAUAACUAUGAGGGGAGAGUCAUAUUGCACUAAAAUAUUUGAUCCAUUCAUGUGGAUAAACACGUCUAUCCAGUUAGGACAUACAAUAAUUAAAAAAGUGUAUUCAACAGACAGUCAGACCGGCUGCUGGUGUCGAGUGCUUAUCACGGAUAGGGACAAUGUUUUGUAUACAGACACGGGAGACUGCACACUACUUGGGGAGUUCAAGUUUUCGAUUGAAAACCCAUGUCGCGAAGAAAAAAAAAUAAAAACUGUGUUCAACUUUGGAGACACUGAAUUUUCAAUUACCGUGUUAGAUCUUGAAUCAAAAACUGAAAAGAAGGAAUUCUUUGAAAUUCAACGUUAGAAUGAUCUUAAUUAAUUUUGUACGCCUUUAAAAAGCAAUUUAGGCUCUUAAUAAUCUGAUUUUCUUUGAAAUAAUAUUUCAACACAUCAAUUGGAACCAUAACUUUAAAAUAAUUAUGGAUUCCAUUGAGGACUACGUCAGAGCAAGGGCUAAACGAGAAGAAGUUGAACUGGACACUUUGUCAGAAUGGGUCAAAAGAAUCAGGUCUCUGAUAAACGUCGCAUUCAUAAGUUGAAAAACUGUGCGAAUGAUCGACCAAAGUCCAUUUUAAGAGACAAAGAGGCUGUGAAAUGUCUAUCAUCUCCUCAUGAUAAGUGUGUUAUUGUUCCUGCGGACAAUGCUUCAAAUAAUAUUGUCUUUGUAUGUGAAUCGUAUUACUACGAAUGUCUUGCAAAAAAAUUAGGAAUAAAUGAGCACUCAUGUAAUCCCACAUACAAAGACAUAUCAUUUGACAAGGAUCAGAUUUUGGCGAAUCAUAAGUCCUUCAUGGCUUCAAUGAACAUUACAUUGAACGACAAAUCAGAGGACUUACCUUGUUUGUAUUGGAUACCUAAGCUUCACAAAAUUCCGUACAAACAACGGUACAUUGCCGGCUCGUCUGCAUGUUCCACCAAAGAAUUGUCCAUUAGAUUGACUAAAAUACUGUCCGCAGUGAAAGAGGGUCUUCAGAAAUACUGUGAAACUGUUUACUUGCGUAGUGGUAUUAAUCAUAUGUUGAUUCUUAAAAAUUCUAAAGAACUUCUGGAUAAUUUUAAAUCUCGGUCUUUUUCUGAAAUUAGUUCUAUCAAAACUUUUGAUUUUUCAACCCUGUAUACCACCAUUCCCCAUGUGAAAUUGAAAAAUCGCCUAAAAGAAAUAAACCAGAAUGCCUUUCAACAUAAAAAUGGUAGCAUACGCUAUAAGUUUAUUACUUUGGGAUACCAUAAGGCAUAUUUUGUUAAUAGCGAACAAAAGAGUAAAACAUGCUACACAGAGGAACAAGUGAUCAGUAUGCUGGAGUUUCUUAUCGACAACAUUUUUGUCGAAUUUGGAGGUAGGCUUUUUCAACAAAUUGUCGGCAUUCCUAUAGGAACGAACUGUGCGCCUCUCCUUGCCGACCUCUUCUUAUUUUCAUAUGAAUCGGAGUUCCUUAAAACACUUGUCAAAAACAAGAAGAUCAAAGAAGCCAGAUUAUUCAAUUGCACUUUCAGAUAUAUUGAUUAUGUUCUUUCCAUUAACAAUCCUAACUUUUCUGAUUGGGUUCCAUUAAUAUAUCCCUCAGAACUAGAAAUUAAAGAACAACAGACACGGCUUCCUCUGCCUCAUUUUUAGACUUAUACCUCGAAUUUGACAUACACAGUCAUCUCAGUACCAGAAUCUAUGACAAACGAGACGAUUGUAAUUUUAAAAUUAUCAAUUUCCCCCACCUUAGUAGCAAUAUACCAAGUUCAUAUGCAUAUGAGGUAUACAUUUCCCAACUUAUUCGGAAUGCAAGAGCUUGCAGCUCCUACUCAGACUUUAUAAAACGUCACCAGUGCCUGAGCAAAAAGUUGAUGAACCUUGGGUAUGUCAAAGAACGUCUCGUCCUUUUUUCUAAAAAAGUUCAUCGGAAGGUACCAAGACCUUGUUGAUAAAUAUUCCGUAUCAACUUCACAAAUAACACAUGAAGGUCUUGAAGUAUAUAGAUUCUGCGUACUGACGCUGUUUAUCAUCUUAAUAACGUGUUCUUUUAUUUGUCUUUAUUAUAAUAUUAAUUUUACUGUUUGGUCUGUUUUUGGUGAUAUACAUUUGACGUAGCUCUGUACUUAUGCAUCCCGUCAUUGUGUUGUUUGUAUCAUUUUUCAUUUUUACUUGU